GCACUGCCUCCCUAAGCAGAUUACUUUUGCGCUGCUUGUCUCAAAUUCUGUUUCACUUUGCCUUGACCAUGUUAAGGAUGCUAACGCGCCUUCAGCUCCACCCGGGAAUGAUUUUAUUACUGAUAUGGUUCUGUCAUUUCAUUGAAGAUCAAAAAGUACAAGCUGGUAACUGCUGGCUACAGCAGGGGAAGAACGGAAGAUGCCAGGUCCUCUACAUGCCAGGAAUGAGCCGGGAGGAAUGUUGCCGAAGUGGAAGACUCGGAACAUCUUGGACUGAGGAGGAUGUGCCUAACAGCACACUAUUCAGGUGGACGAUCUUCAAUGGCGGAGCACCAAACUGCAUACCUUGUAAAGAGACAUGUGACAAUGUUGACUGUGGCCCUGGAAAGAAAUGUAAGAUGAACAGGAGGAGCAAGCCACGUUGCGUGUGCGCCCCUGACUGCUCCAACAUCACCUGGAAAGGGCCUGUGUGUGGGUCGGACGGAAAAACCUACCGUGACGAGUGCGCCCUCCUGAAGUCGAAGUGCAAAGGACUCCCUGAUCUGGAGGUGCAGUACCAAGGCAAAUGCAAAAAGACCUGUCGCGAUGUUCUCUGCCCUGGCAGUUCUACGUGCGUGGUGGACCAGACCAAUAACGCUUACUGCGUGACAUGCAACCGUGUGUGCCCCGAGGUCUCGUCGCCCGAACAGUACCUAUGUGGCAACGAUGGCAUCGUCUACGCCAGCGCCUGCCAUUUAAGGAGAGCCACGUGCCUCCUAGGGAGGUCUAUUGGAGUGGCCUAUGAAGGCAAAUGCAUUAAGGCCAAGUCGUGUGAUGAUAUCCAGUGCAGUGCGGGAAAGAAGUGUCUGUGGGAUGCGCGGGUGGGCCGCGGGCGGUGUGCGCUCUGCAGCGAGCCGUGCCCCGAGAGCCGCUCGGAUGAGACGGUGUGCGCCAGCGACAACGCCUCGUAUCCGAGCGCAUGCGCCAUGAAGCAAGCGGCGUGCUCCAAGGGCGUGCUCCUCGAGGUUAAGCAUUCAGGAUCUUGCAACUCCAUUACGGAAGACCAGGAGGAGGACGAUGAUGAUGAAGACCAGGACUACAUGGCUUAUAUCCAUUUAUCACCAGUACUGGACGGAUAAACUGUCAUCAACCAUUGGAACAGUACUGUGGCAAGGAAACAUGUCCACACUGUACAAAUAUGUAUGCUAAUUUAUUUUUCAGAGAAAAAAGGAAGUAUACAUAUAGUUCAGUCUGAUAGAUGUUUAUUUAUACAGUGUUUUUGUUUUAUAAUUUAUACAUUUACAAUGUCCGAGUUACUAUCUGUCAUGUUAUUUAGUGUUCAUUUAUUUUGUUGUCCUUUUUUUAUUAUGAAGAACUAUAUUUGUCCAAAGAGAUGCCGUGUUAUUUAUUGUGAGGUAAAAUGCUACCAUGUAAAGUGUAAGUCUUCUGCAAGCUGUAAAUUGCAUUCCCUAUGCUGUAUAAAUCUGCUUAUUGCUAUCCAUUCUAUAUCACAGAUGUUUAUUUCACGCUUAUCUGCAUGUUGCCUGUGUGUUUAUUUAUUGGGGAAAAAAACUGUCACUCUUUAAUGUACAUAAUGUUUCUGGUUUUGUUUACUAUUCACUAAACUGACCAAAGGGAUUUUCUCAAUGGUUCUUCAGCAUUUCCCUAUAUGAUACAGCAUGGUAAUGGCUUCAGUAUGAGCCAUUUCUCAAGAUGCAAACCAUUUUCUGAUUGGUUUUCAUGAAAUGUCAAUUUUUGACAUCAUUCAUUAGCAGUUUCGACAUACAGUUAUAGUGGGAAAAUAAACUUUUUGGGUGAUACUUGAUUGCCAGAAAAUGUUCCAUUAACAUGUCAAUACUGUUUUUGCUAAUGUUUUACUCAAAACUUCUUUCUUCAAGCUUACAUGGUACGAGAUCGAGUAUCAGUAUCAAGCAUCAUCACCUUUCCUUUAUUUGCAUUGAUUUCAAAAUGCAUUUUUAUUUUCAGAUGUCGUUAAAUACAAGAUUCAGUUAUAAAUAUAUAGUUUUGUAUUUUUUUAAUGUAAAUGUCAUGUAUAUAUAAAGUUUGAUGGUAUUUGUACAGAUAUGAAGAGUGAAACAAUAAAUGAAUAAAAAAAAUC